UUCUGCUCGACUUCUAUCUUUAAUACCACUUCGAUUGAUUGACAGAUGUACAGAAAGCUCGAAUGGAUGACCUACGGUGCCGGGAUUGAUCCAAAUUUUCCACUCGUGACGAUGACAAUCAUUGCUGCAAAGAUCUACGUCCAGCUUGGGGCCUCGUAUCUAGCCAGUAUCUAGCAGGAUAUCAGCUGGGAAUGUAUGUCAUGGGAGCCAUCAUACAUCAGUAAUGAGUGUUCCCCGAGAUCGCAAGAAUCGAGGGUGCAUAUCGAAGGUAAACUAUCGCAAGUGCAAACUCAAACUUAUCAUAGAAUCCACUCACAAAUGAAUUCCAUCUUGGUGCUGACCUGAUCGUACAUCUCUAUUCAACGUGACCAAAUUUGGAUCCCAGGGGUUGGCUAUAUCAUGGGUCCCAAGCCACGGGAUGAAGAAUACCAGGAGUUUCUGCACUCGUCAUGGAUCCCACAGAUGAACAGCUUUUCUUCAAUGCAAUGCAAACGUCGCGUACUGUCAGUCACUUUUCUCUUGCUGCAACUGUAAUCCCUAUCUACGAUAUCUGCCUCAUGUUUUCAGAAGAGUACGAGCAUAUCUGGAGCUCUCGCUUUAGCCUCGUUAAGGUUCUGUAUUACAUCGCCCGAUACUUGAACCCAGUUGUCUUACUGUAUCUCUUUCUCGUUUCAAUUAUGCCCAGUCCCUCUGAGAGCCUGUAUGGGAUCGGCGUGGAUUUCGUCCUUCUUUUAUUUUUCACUCACAGCUCCGCGCCUGUCAUCCUUACCACAACAGUCAACAUCAUCAUGGUUCUUCGGAUCCGUGCGCUGUAUAACGGGAGUAUAAAGGUGCUUAUUGGCUUAUCGGUGCUAAUGUUCAUUGACUUCAGUCUGGAAGUCUACAGCUGUGUCGUCUCAGCCAAAGAGACUUCGGUGACCAGUCUUCCACUUGAUAUGUAUUGGCAGGGGUGCUUGUAUGUCGCCCCUCAGUCGCACUCAGUGACUCUGAUGGCAUGGGUUCCUGCCCUAACAGUCUCCCUGACAUUUUUCCUGAUGACGAUGUACAAGUUUGUCCAGAUCAAUCAAUUCCGCUCUGUGCUCAAUUUGCGGUCUCCCGAGCUGCUUGAUACCUUCUUUCAGGAUGGUACGAUUUACUUCUUAUUGACAUUUUGUAUCGUACUCAUCUGCACCAUCUUCAUCAAUGUUCAGAAACUCUUGCCAUGGUAUCUCGUCCCAUACAACUGGCAAAUGACUGCCUUCUCCCAAGCUGGUUCCCGCCUUAUCUUGAAUUUGCGUACAGUGGCCCGAGGAAAAGGAGACGUGCUCUCAUUCAUCAAUCAGUCAGAUAUAUCUGGCCUUCGCAUUGCCUCUGAAAGUGCUAUCAGUGCCCCUUCGUUUGCAAUAGAAAUGGAGAAUCGAUAUGGUCGUCGGGAGAAUUCAAAUGGAGAUAAUAGGGUCCGGUAAAUCUUGACAUUGUGUGACGGAUCUCGUAUCAUUUCUCUUGCAGUCUGCUACAUGUCGACUACUCAGCAUUUUGAACUGUCAUACCACCUUCAUGAAUAUCC